AUGAACGCGCAGCUGGCGAUGGAGAACAUCGGCGACCUGCACGGGGUGAGCCACGAGCCGGUGCCCGCCGCCGCCGAGCUGCUGAGCGGCAGCCCCCACCACCGCGGCGCCGUGGCCCACCGCGGCGGGCAGCUGGCGGCCCACCCGCGCCCCAUGGGCAUGGCGGCCAUCCUCGACGGCGGCGACUACCACCACCACCACCGGCCGCCCGAGCACGGGCUGAGCGGGCCCCUGCACCCCACCAUGACCAUGGCCUGCGAGACCCCCCCCGGCAUGAGCAUGAGCAGCACCUACACCACGCUGACCCCGCUGCAGCCGCUGCCUCCCAUCUCGACGGUGUCGGACAAGUUCCCCCACCACCACCACCACCACCACCACCACCACCACCCCCACCAGCGGAUCCCGGGCAACGUGAGCGGCAGCUUCACGCUCAUGCGGGACGAGAGGGGUCUGGCGUCCGUGAACAACCUCUACACCCCCUACCACAAGGAUGUCGCCGGCAUGGGGCAGAGCCUCUCUCCGCUGUCCGGGUCGGGCCUGGGUGGCAUCCACAACUCCCAGCAAGGGCUGCCCCACUACGCUCACCCCGGCGCCGCCAUGCCCGCCGAGAAAAUGCUCACCCCGAACGGCUUCGAAGCCCACCACCCCGCCAUGUUAGCCAGGCACGGCGACCAACACCUCACCCCCACCUCCGCCGGCAUGGUGCCUAUCAACGGGAUCCCGCACCACCCCCAUGCCCACCUGAACGCCCAGAGCCACGGGCAGAUCCUGGGCUCUGCCAGGGAGCAAAACCCUUCUGUAACCGGUUCGCAGGUCAACAGUGGAAGUAAUUCAGGGCAAAUGGAAGAAAUCAAUACCAAAGAAGUAGCUCAGAGGAUCACCACCGAGCUCAAGCGGUACAGCAUCCCCCAGGCUAUCUUCGCCCAGCGGGUGCUGUGCCGCUCUCAAGGGACCCUCUCGGACCUGCUGAGGAACCCCAAGCCCUGGAGCAAGCUCAAAUCCGGCCGGGAGACCUUCCGCAGGAUGUGGAAGUGGCUCCAGGAGCCGGAAUUUCAGCGGAUGUCUGCUCUGCGGCUGGCAGCAUGCAAGAGGAAAGAACAAGAGCACGGGAAGGACAGAGGGAAUACCCCCAAAAAGCCUCGGUUGGUCUUCACGGAUGUCCAGCGUCGAACUCUACAUGCAAUAUUCAAGGAAAAUAAGCGUCCAUCCAAAGAAUUACAAAUCACCAUUUCCCAGCAGCUUGGGUUGGAGCUGAGCACCGUCAGCAACUUUUUCAUGAAUGCACGGAGGAGGAGUCUGGAUAAGUGGCAAGACGAGGGCAGCUCCAAUUCAGGCAACUCAUCUUCUUCAUCAAGCACUUGUACCAAAGCAUGA